ACUCGUAACGGUAGUAUUGACAGAGUGAGUCGCAAAAGACAUUUCCAACGAGUAAGAUGGAAACUAGUGGUUUAUUCAAUCCUGCUGUUAGAGUGAAAGUCGAGCCUUGUGAUGUUUUGCUUACCCAAAAUAAUUAUAAAACCAUCGACGAGAUACCCGUAACUGAAAAUGUCAAGUACGAAGGGUUUCUUCAAGAAAACUGGAUCCAAGAGUUUCAAGAAAAUAAGCUUGACGACAUUCAAAUCGAAUUGGAAUGUACAGACAUGAAGGCCAAUUUAUUGGCGGUUGCGAAAAUAGAAGAUUAUUCUCCAAGUCAAUGGCCGGAUAGCGGUGAGUAUGAAACCAGAAGCACAAUAAAAGUAGAAACUGUUGGGUCUGUGAAGAAAGAAAUUUUGAGGGAAGGAGAAAAAGAUUUAAAUUUAGGACGUGGACUCAGCGAGAAAAAUAAAAAAAGAAGUGUUUUGAAAGGGAUGAACUAUAAACAUAGGCUAAUAACUCACAUUGAAUCAGCUCGUAACGGCAAUAUCAAACCUGCAUGUGAUGUAUGUGGAAAAUCAUUCGGAUAUAAGAGUCAUCUCCAAAGACACAUCGAUUCGGUACAUCGUAAAAUAAGGCAUGCAUGUGAUAUAUGCCAAAAGACAUUCACACAGAAAACGAAUCUCAAAGUCCACGUCAAUUCGGUACAUAAUAAAAUUACUCAUACAUGCGAUGUAUGCCAAAAUACGUUCUCAAAGAAGGAAAGUCUCAAAAAACAUAUUGAUUCCGUGCACAAUCGAGUCCGACAUGCGUGUGAUAUAUGCCAAAAGACAUUCUCAGAGAAAGGCACUCUCAAAACUCACAUCGAUUCGAUUCAUAAUGGUGUCAGUCACGCAUGUAAUAUUUGCGGAAAUGUUUUUAAACAAAAAGGCAAUCUCAAAAAGCACAUCGAUUCGGUGCAUCGUAAAAUAAGGCAUGCAUGCGACAUAUGCCAAAAGACAUUCGCACAGAAAAAGAGUCUCAUAAUUCACAUCGAUUCGAUGCAUAAUGGUGUCAGUCACGCAUGCGAUAUUUGCAGAAAUGUUUUUAAACGAAGAGGCGAUCUCAAAAAGCACAUCGAUUCGGUGCAUCGUAAAAUAAGGCAUGCAUGCAACAUAUGCCAAAAUACGUUCUCAAACAGGAGUAAUCUCAGAAAGCACAUCGAGUCGGUGCACAAUGGAAUCACCCACGCAUGUGAUUUCUGUGAAAAAAAAUACAAAUAUCAAACUCAUCUUAAUAAACAUGUCAAAUCCUCGCAUAGUGGUAUCAUACAUUCAUGCGAGACAUGCGGCAAGACAUUCGGACAGAAAAGAAAUCUCAGAGCUCACAUCGAUAUGGCGCAUCCCUCGCUCAAUAAGUCCCAAUAAAUGUUUAAAUUUAUGUUCAAUUGUGAAUAAAACAGCGUCUAGUACAUUGUUUGUGAAAUUAGGAGACUUAUUAUUAGAAAAUGAUCAUUCAUUGCAACAAGUUUAUUCUUCGUUAUGUUACUUCGCUGUCGCAUACCUAAAAAUAACGUUCAAGAUGGAAAAACAGUAAUAAUGAGCUCAAUUUGAUUCUUUAAUAAUAAAAAAAUGAUGAACUUUUCUAUCGGAUUCUUUUCAGAAUGUUAAAAAUGUUCGAACAAAUGUGUAUAAAGAAAUAGGAAAACUUCAAUUCAUCUUUCUAUCUUAAGCAAAAAGACACGUGUAAAUUUUUUUGUCAAAUGACUAAAUUAUACUAAAUUAUAAAUAUUAUAAAUAUUAUAUGAAACAGACGAAAUUUUGUAAGAUUCAAUAUUGUUUGAAUAAUAAAAAAUUGAAU